GCCGUCCCUCUCCCUCUAUAGAACCCAGCCGCAUGCAGGCCUCCAUUUCGAACGGAUCGGGAGCAAGGCAGAAGCGAGGAAGGAAGCUUCAGCCCGCACCAGCCACCGACCCCAUUUCCGCCGCCGUUCCCCGUCGCUGCCCCUGCCUCUCGAGUCUGUCUUUGUCAACAGUCAAGAUGAGUCGUGGUGGUAGUGCCGGUGGUGGUCAAAGUUCUCUGGGUUACCUCUUUGGUGGCGGUGAGGCACCGCCACCAAAGCCAGCAGUGGCACCAGCUGCACCAGCUGCACCAGCUGCGAGUGCUCCACCUGGCGAGAAACCAGCUGCUGCAAAGGCUGAAGUGUCCAAGCAGAUUCCAGCUGGGAUUGCCAGCCAAACCAAUAAUUAUCACAGAGCUGAUGGGCAGAAUACUGGCAACUUCCUUACGGACCGUCCUUCAACCAAGGUCCAUGCUGCUCCAGGUGGUGGCUCUUCCCUGGGCUACCUGUUUGGUGGAAACUGAUGCUGGUGCUCACCAAGUUAUCCGCCGCGUUAUCUGAAUUGGGAACAACCGUUGUUGUUGUUUUACGCAUGUAUCAUGGCCAGUGCUAAUGAUUUCUGUGGCAAACCUCCCGCUUGGGCCCAUAAACCUGUCGCUUAAUUUCAAGGCAAAUCGUAUGCCUGAACCUUGAUAAGUCAUCGUGUACUGAGUUCUAUUUUGUUUA